GCCCAGCGCUGCCGGGAGCCGCCGCCGCUCGGUCCGGCCGGUCCGUGCCCGGAGCCGCCGCCGCGGGAGCCGCCAGUCAUCAAAGGAGCCUUUAAAGGAACCUCCAAGAGGCUGAUUGCUAAGACUCCAUAGAUCCCCAGGAAGACAAAGGUUGACCAGCCUCGAUCACAGUGUUAGAGACCUGAAGCGAGGAUCCUGACAGAUGCAGUACAGCCUGACUUCUUGAGGAGAACAAGUAUUUCCCUGAAAGUCUGUCCCCUCAAAGCAGCACACAGGACAAGCUUGGAUAGAAAGAGAUACAUGGGACACACAGACAAUUAAACACUGGAACAGACACUGUGCUUCAAGUCCCAAGAUUAGUAAAGGAGGAAUUGGACAAAGGACCCUGAAGACCAUGGAGGGAGACUGUCUGAGCUGCAUGAAAUACCUGAUGUUUCUUUUCAAUUUCUUUAUAUUUCUGGGAGGAGCAUGCCUGCUGGGACUCGGAAUCUGGGUCAUUGUGGAUCCCACAGGUUUUCGAGAGAUAGUGGCAGCCAACCCCCUGCUCUUCACGGGAGCGUACAUCAUGCUGGCCAUGGGAGCCAUGCUCUUCCUGCUGGGCUUCCUGGGCUGCUGUGGUGCCAUCCGUGAGAACAAAUGCCUCCUGCUCUUUUUCUUCAUGUUUAUUUUGCUAAUCUUCCUGGCGGAGCUUUCAGCUGCAAUCCUGGCUUUUAUAUUCAGAGAAAACCUGACCAGAGAGUUCUUCACCAAGGAGCUGAAGAAGCACUACCAGAGGAACAACGACACGGACGUCUUCUCUUCCACCUGGAACUCUGUUAUGAUCACAUUUGCCUGCUGUGGAGUGAACGGACCAGAAGAUUUUGAAGAUAUUCGUCACGUGCCAUAUUCUUCUUUGGAAAAGUCAACACCAGAGGCUUGCUGCCAGCGAGAGCUCCAGAGCCGGGAGGGGAUGUUUGUCAACAAGGAAGCUUGUCUAGAAGGCAUUGAGAGGUUUCAGAACCGGCAGGGAUGCUACACCGUGAUCCUGAACUCCUUUGAGACGUACGUGUACCUGGCAGGAGCUCUUGCCAUCGGAGUGCUGGCAAUUGAGCUGUUUGCCAUGAUCUUUGCGAUGUGUCUCUUUCGAGGGAUCCAGUAAGUGGCCCAUGAACCACCGCGUUCCCCACAUGCUCAGAAGAAAGAAGGAAAAUCUGAAGAAACAAAACCUGAAAACGCCCAAAAAAAACUUUAUUUUUUUUAACAAAAUGGGACAGGGAUAAAAAAAUAAAAAGAAAAAAAGAGGGUUGUAAUAUAUGAAUGACCAAAAGGAUUGUACUUCAGGGGCUGGAACUUUGAGGUGAUGUGCACUACACUGUACACCGGACCCUUGCCCAGAGCCACCCGCAGCAACCGUGGAGCAGGAGCCCAGAGCCACCGAUUGCACUAGAGACGGAUGGAGCCGGUGGGGGUGAGGGAGGAGGAGCACAGCUGCCUCUCACACCAGGCUGAGCCUACAUUCACCACUUCAUCGUGCUUUAGACAACAAAGGACCCAAGAACAGACAUGAAGGGGCUGCAUAAGGCAACAGGUUGGCCUUGACUGUCCAGGUGGGUUUGAAACAAGCAGUGGUGGCUUGUCUAAGCAGGUGUAGUCAACAUCUGCAAGAUUCUGGCUUUAAUUCCCAGCCACAGGAUGAGAACACUCAUUCUUCAGUGGAAGCAUUGCCCCUGUCGUGUGAAACUUGUCAGAGAUAUCAAGCACUUCAGUGAGGCUGGCUUUUCUCUGGAACUCCAAGCAGGAGCAAUGUGAUCUAACUUAACAAUGGGACUCAGCUAAGGCUGGCUGAGGGUCAAGAGUUUGGUGCCUACCUUUCUGUUUUUACUAAGAUUUAUUGUUCACUGUUGUGAAAGAGACCAAAUGGUUCCCUGCUGUGUUCCCAUCUCCUGGGGAAAAAAUGGCUCUGGUCAAGCAUCAUUGAUACUGCUGCCUUCCUGAGAAGGGAGGAUAUAAUGUUUAAAUCUUGUCAGCCUUUGCCUUUCCUCUGAUACUUGCAAAAAAAUGGUUUGUGGUGCUCUGUUAGCAUAAAUAUUUGCAGUGGUUUCUGCAUGUUUUUCCAGCCUUAAGGAGAGGUCCAGACAUGGUGCUGGAUUGAAGAGGCUGAAGUUUGUCAACCACUCCCAUGAUGGUUUCCUGGACCAGUCUGGUGGAAUCAUUUCUGGUCAGAGAAUUUCCCCUGAGAUUCUCCCAUGGGCUCAUGAUGAAAGUAACCAAGUCAGAAUUGUUUUAGUUGAUAGUGUUUCCUCCCUUGAGAUAGUUUGGUAUUUAACUAACAUGUCACCUGCUCAAUCAUUUGGAAGUGAACCUGAGAAAGAUGGCUGGGACUGGACCUUGGUCAGAGAUUAAGCUGGAGCUACUGAGACCCCAGGAAUGAUCCAAGAACACCCUGUGUGCAGCCACACUGCUCCAGCUGCUGCUGUGGCUGUGGAUAUUGAUUUGCAUAGGUGACUAGUUUCUCAUCUGGAAUCAUCGAUCCCUGCUGCCUUAAUUGUUCAUCUGGUCACUUACUCCCUGACCCCAAACUCAUUUUACUGGGGAAUGACAGAAGGGGAUGUGGUUUCUUGUUUAGAUUUACAAAAUUUUUACAAAUUUUAUAGGCUCAGAUUAUGGGAGCACUUUUAUAUAGGCUCAAACCAGCUCCUCGGAAAGCCGUAAUCUCUGGCAAGGAAGGAGCAGAGCAUUAAACUUGGUGCCCAGGUUUUGCAGCAGCAGCACGUUCAUCCUCUGGCUGUUGCCUUAUACCUCUGAGGCUGUGUCCUUUGAGCUCUCCCAGUGGCACUGCACAGACUACAGGCAAGGAAGGAAAGCAGCAGAAAGCUGGGGCCACAAUAGACAAAGAUUAUGGCUAAGUAUCUAGGUUGGGGAACCAGGAUACUAGGGAACAGGAAGGAGGCAUUAGGAGCUUUUCCAAGCUUCAUUUGAGAACAAUUUAUUCAAUGGCAAGAGAGGGCUGGGCAGGUAGAGCUGCAGCCUCCCCAUGCUGCAGUCAGCAUAUUCCAGCAACAAAAUAUGUUGCCAGGGCUGCUGAGCAGCAUCAGAUGUUGCAUUAAAUCUUCUGGAAAUAUGUCCAGAACUAUUUCCCUCUGGACCUCCUUGUAAUGAGGCAUUUUAGCAUUAAUCUCUGGUCUGUUGUUUAAUAAAGAAAAACAGUUUUGUUAGCCAAAA